AUGAAACCUUCCGGACCUCCUCCGCAUUUGCACAGAUAUCAAACGGAAUAUUUCAAGGUUACACAGGGGCUCAUGGGGGUGAAUAUCAAUGGCAAGAUCUACAAAAAGACUCCAGACGAUCCUGAGUUCAGCGUUCCAGCAAACGUUUUUCAUGGCUUCUUUCGUCACCCAGAAAGCCGUGGACCAAUGACCGUUGUGUUGAGCGCAUCUGACUCAGGUCGGGAUUACAAACUGGACCGAGUGUUCUUCGAAAACUGGUAUGGGUACUGGCAUGAUGCCAUGAUCUACCAUGGAGGCAUGAACUACAUUCGCUGGCUGCAGAUUUAUGAUGCUGGCGAUGCUUAUCCGUACGUGCCGAAAUGGCUGCCUUGUCGGAAGACAGCCUCAUAUUACUGGGGAGUUGUGGUGGGCCGCUGGCUUGGAGGUUUGCUCGGCUACAAGCCCUUCUACAAAGAGUACACCACUGACUGGGACUACGCUGUUGAGAAAAUGCGGUCGCAUUUCUGGCAGCGCCGUCUGGUGCAUACCUCUUAUAGACACGCGAAGCCGUGGGUUGAGGGUAUGGAGCCAUGGAGGGAACGGAGCUUAUCUCCGAGUUGCAAAAAAGUUUAG